GCUCUUCACGCCAUAAUUCUUCCGCUUCGCCUCCCCCGACCGAACCAGCUGGCCAGCCCUCCUCGCCAAAUCCCGAAGCCAAAACCUCCUUCUCCUCACCCAUCGUUCACUUCACGACCAGUUUGCAUUCUCCAAGCAUCGCCCAACCGGCUCUCUUUGCUGCAAAUUCGCGUCCCCGCCCAUACCCACGCUCUCCAGAUCCAAAACACCCUGAAGGCAGGGAGUUUAGCGGCAUGUCGACACCAUCGACUGCCGUGGCUACGCUCCCUCAGUACCCUCAGCACCGCCAGUUUCAACCGCCCUUCACCUCCCACUAUAAGCUCGAACAUUAUUCAUCUCCAACACUGGCGGCCACCACUGCAUCCGCCAAAGACUUGCCUCCGCCGCAUUCUCCUGCCAGCCGAUACCUGCCAUAUUAUCAGUCCGCUGCCAGCGCGGCAUCGCCAACGGAUGGAGUAGCCCACGCCCAGUCCUCCGUUCCUCCCAGGCCGCCUCCUCACGUUUAUCUCGAAUCCUCCUCUUCCAACGCUGCCACUCACCGCCAUCCGGGAGAUAGCAUCUCCUCCAGCAUGACAAGCGCGACCAUGACCGCCGUGGACCACCAUGGCCUCGACCAAUCCGCGUCGAAAAAGCGCCGCCGGGACUCCCAUGGGCCCGACUGGAACCAUUUCUACCGCAAUGGUCUUCCCGACGAAGUCAUCGUUAUUGAUGAUGAUUCUCCCGAGCCCGAAGCCAACACGAGCCGACGAAUUACAAAUGGCACAUCUAGCCAAAUGCUCCCCCACGAUGGUUCUCGUGGCCAGCCCGCGAAAAAGAGACGACGGGACGACGAGCAUCGCCCAGGCUAUCACAUCCAGUACCUUCACUCCCACGCCGGAACUCCGCAGUACAACACAACGCCCUUGGGCUCAACGCUCUCUAGCGAUCAUGCAUCACUGACUACAACCGCUCCUACAUCACUUUCUUCUACUAGUCUGCACGAUGAUGUCCCUGCCCCGCUUAAGAGGAAGCGUACCACUCGGCAACAAGCCGCCGAUGAGGCCAAAAGACGAGACGUCGAUGGCCUCGGUGAUCCUGUUAUGACAUAUAUGCCACCUCCCUACCCGCCCAAGAAAGCAGGCGAGGUUACUGUCCGAGUUGUCACCGAUAAAGCCCGCUCUCACGAAAAAGCCGCCAAAAUCGAUGACGACGAUGGCCAUUAUAUUGUCGUCCCUGAUGCCGACCUUACUGAACGAUAUCAAAUCUCCAGACUUCUUGGCCAGGGCACCUUUGGCAAGGUUGUCGAAGCCCGCGACCGGCGACGAAACAAGGCCGUCGCUGUCAAAAUCAUUCGAUCAGUCCAAAAGUAUCGCGAUGCGUCUCGUAUAGAACUUCGAGUUCUCGCUACUCUUCGGGCCAACGAUGAAGAAAACAGAAACCGCUGCAUCCAUCUCCGAGAUUGUUUCGAUUACCGCGGCCAUAUUUGCAUUGUGACGGACUUGCUCGGGCAGAGUGUGUUCGACUUUCUUAAGGGCAACGGCUUCGUUCCCUUUCCCAACAGCCAGAUCCAAAGCUUUGCACGUCAGCUGCUCACUAGCGUUGCCUUUUUGCACGACCUCAAUCUCAUUCAUACCGACUUGAAGCCCGAGAAUAUUCUUCUCAAGGCCCAAAACUACCAGACCUUUACUUAUAACCGAAAUAUUCCUUCCUCGUCCACCACCAUCAACCGACACGCUACCCAACGACGCGUUUUGUUGGACACUGAAAUUCGCUUGAUCGAUUUUGGCUCUGCUACAUUUGAUUCUGAAUACCACUCCACAGUUGUUUCAACACGGCAUUAUCGUGCCCCUGAAAUUAUCAUGGGUCUCGGUUGGUCGUAUCCCUGUGAUAUUUGGAGUAUUGGCUGCAUUCUUGUCGAGUUUUUCACUGGCGAUGCCCUUUUCCAAACUCAUGACAACCUGGAACACCUGGCCAUGAUGGAGGCUGUUAUCGGCACACGAAUCGACUCUUACCUGGUGCAAAAUGUCAACAAGAUGUCUACCAGAAAUGGAGGCAACUCGGCCGCCAAGUACUUUAAGCGACUUAAGCUCGACUAUCCCACACCGGCUACAACCAGGGGCUCCCGCCGCUUCGUCAAGGCCAUGAAACGCAUCGAGGACAUCAUCCCUGCCCAAAAUGCCUUCUUCAAGAACUUCAUCGACCUCUUACGCAAAAUCUUUGUCUAUGAUCCCGCGCGUCGUAUCACAGCCAAGGAGGCUCUGGUACACCCGUUCUUCAAGGAUCCUGCCCCUCCUGAUGAUGGCACAGAGGCAUCCAAGAUUCGUGCAGAGCGAGAGCGUCGCGAUGCAGAGAACCGAAAAAAUGCCACGUACGUGGAAUAACGGAGUUGGCUGACCAUUUCGACCGAAUAUAACAACACCUGAUGAACUGCGGGCAUGCGAAUGGAGUUCUAUUUCUUUACUAACUGGCAAUUAAUGGACGGGUUUCUAUUUAUUUUCUUUCUGGUUUUUGUUUGGCGGGUUAUGAAUUAUGACCGACUGCUUCCUUUGGUCGGCACUCUACUGCACAGCUCUGUAUCUUUUUCAUUGCAUUACAUAUCCUCAUCACUUGCUUUCCUUGUUUAGCCGGCCUGGUCGUUCAGAACGAACAGCGCCUAAUGACUACGUUUGUCUCUUGUGUCAUUUUCUGAACAUAAUCUUCAAUAAUGCUACUGUUGAAGCCUAUCACUUUUCGUGUUAUCUAUCAAGACGGUUAUUUUCAUACCAAAUUUACAAAUGUGCUUUCGAGCCAAGUUGUC